AUGCAAGCUCCAUUCGUGCCUGACGUCUCCAGUCCAACUGACACAUCCAAUUUUGAUGUCGAUGACACUGACAUUAGGUUAUCGGAGGCGGUGCCGCCGCCGUCGGCUUCCUCGGCGUUUUCAGGCGUUCACCUGCCGUUCGUCGGGUUCACGUUCACCGCUGGCUCUAGACUUUCGGACCUCGGUGCUCCCGCAUCACCACUUAGCCCCGCCAAGAAUGCCGUCAAUCAGGCGCCAUGUAACGCGGGUGAUCGUGCAGCGCUCAAAGCGCUCGAGCGUGAGAACGCUCUGCUCGCCCAAACUAUCGCCGAACUACGAGCGAGCGGCACAACCGGUGAUACUGAUGCUCCUACUGACGAUUUAAUUCAACUGAAAGAAGAGCUAGCUGUACUAUCAAAGAGAAACGCCGAUCUGGAAGCCCAAGUGAAAUGCUACGAACAGUUAAACAGUGGGAUCACUGCUCAGGAUAUGACGUCGAGUCCACAAGAACUGGCACUGCGGUUACGCGAGCUCGAGUUAACCAUAAACAAUCUUACCGUCGAAAAGGAAGAACUUACCAAAGACAAAACAGACUCUUUGGAGAAACUUAAGCUGCAGGACAAAGAGCUGAAGGACGCGCUGGCGCAAAGGAAACUGGCAAUGGCUGAAUACAACGAGGUCACCGAUAAAUUGUCCGAACUGAGACAGCAGAAGCAGAAGCUGUCGCGACAGGUCCGUGAUAAAGAAGAGGAGUUGGAAGUGGCGAUGCAGAAGAUCGAUGCGCUCCGACAAGAUAUAAGGCGGGCAGACAAAGGCCGACGGGAAAUGGAGGCCAGGCUAGAUGCGGCCAUCGGGGAGGCCGCUAAGGAGCGCAAACUUCGCGAAGAGACUCUUCGUUCUCAACGUACCGAAUCAGUAGGUUCCACUGGUGCCGCUGCAGAUGUGGCCAGGUUACAGCACGAGGUCGAAACUUUAGAGAUGCAAUACAAGGAAUCUUUGGCUCAACAACAGGCUCGAUAUAACUCGGAGUUAGCAUCGCUCAGGGAUCAGUUGCAGGAGACGGAUGCCAUGCGGACUGUGCUCAACCGAGAGCUGCAGACGUCUAAAGAGAAGUUGGAAAACCGUCGAUUGGAACAACUAAGCGAUAAUGAAGACAGACAAAUGCUUAUCAAUGAGAAUAGGAAGCUAGCGAAAGAUCUGGAUGCGAUGGCGGAGAACGGACGGCGGUGGCAAGCAGAGAGAAGACAAAUGGAACUGGAACUCGAAGAGCUUCGAACCAAACGAGACUCUAUGCAACACUGGGAGACUCAGGUAUUUUAUAUACUACUGAUAUUAUCAUGUGAAAACUACGUAGCAGACUUUCAUAGAAGGGAUUUAUACAAUUUUGUUAUAUAUCUCUAUCCUCAAUUAUCUUGUUUUUUAAUACUUAAACAGCAAUAUUUAUUUGAAACAGCAAUUUUUAUUAGCCAAAAUCUUGAAAAUCAUCACGUUUUAUAUUCAAUUCCGCCAUUGUAA